AUGGUACCAGGAAACCAAACACAAUUCACUGAAUUCAUCCUCCUGGGAUUUUCUGAGAAACCAGAUCAGCAGGGGCCGCUCUUUGGGUUAUUCUUGGGCAUGUAUUUGGUCACAGUUCUUGGGAACCUGCUCAUAAUGUUGGCCAUUGGCUCUGACUCUCACCUCCAUACCCCCAUGUACUUCUUCCUUUUCAACUUGUCCUUUGUGGAUAUUUGUGUGGUAUCCACCACAGUCCCCAAGAUGUUGGUGAGCAUCUUGACACAGAACAAGGCUAUCCCCUAUGCUGACUGUCUUACCCAGAUGUAUUUCUUUAUGUUUUUUAUUGCUUUGGACAAUUUCCUCCUCACUGCAAUGGCCUAUGACCGUUUUGUGGCUAUCUGUCACCCUCUAUACUAUGCAGCCAUCAUGAGCCCAAGGCUCUGUGGCCAGCUGGUGCUGCUCUCCUGGAUAAUAAGCUUUCUAAAUUCCCUUCUUCACAGUCUGAUGGUAACACAAUGCAUGGGACCAGAAAACCAAACACUUGUGUCAGAAUUUCUCCUCCUGGGACUUUCUGAGAAGCCAGAGCAGCAGCUGCCCCUCUUUGGGCUCUUCCUGGGCAUAUACAUGGUCACUGUGGUUGGAAACCUUAUCAUCAUGUUGGCCAUUGCCUCUGACUCUCAUCUCCACACCCCAAUGUACUUCUUCCUUUCUAAUCUGUCCUUUGUUGAUCUUUGUCUGGUGUCCACUACAGUCCCCAAGAUGUUGCUGAACAUCCUAACACACAGCGAGGUUAUCUCCUAUGCUGGAUGCCUUACCCAAAUGUAUUUCUUCAUGGUUUUUGUUUUCUUAGAUAAUUUUCUUCUCACUGUCAUGGCCUAUGACCGUUUUGUGGCCAUCUGUCACCCUCUGCACUAUGUCACCAUAAUGAAUUCACGGAUUUGUGGCCUCUUGGUUCUGAUCUCAUGGGCUAUCAGUCUUCUAAACUCCACUCUCCACACUUUACUAAUGACCCACCUGUCCUUCUGUACUGAACAUGAACUUCCUCAUUUUUACUGUGAUAUUAGUCAGGUUAUAAAACUCUCUUGUUCUGAUACCCUCAUCAAUGAUAUCUUUGUGUAUUUUGAAACUGUCUUGUUGGGUAUUCUCCCCCUCACAUGCAUCGUUUUCUCUUAUAGUCAGAUAUGUUCCUCCUUAUUGAGAAUCCCAUCUUCUGGGGGGAAAUAUAAAGCCUUUUCUACCUGUGUGUCUCACCUCACUGUUGUUUCUUUAUUCUAUGGCACUGGACUUGGAGUAUAUCUGAGUCCCUCAACUAUGCACUCCUCCUGGAAGACCUCAGUUGCCUCAGCAAUGUAUUCUGUGGUCACCCCCAUGUUGAACCCCUUCAUCUACAGCAUGAGGAACAAGGAUAUUAAAGAUGCCAUGACGAGAGUUUUUAGCAAAAAGUCUCCCUCUCACUGA